CCCUUGAAAUGUCUACUUUAACUCGUCCAAAAUCACCAAGGACUCCCACUUCCGGGAGAUCAGACAAAGAAGAAAGUAUUUGGGAUAAGAUCGGAACGCUUGGAAGGAAGAAGCGCAUCAAGGAAGUGCAAGAAAUUCAAGAAGAGGGCAAGUUUGCCAUCGACUCCCCCGGUAGCCCAAAUGCACCUAUCAUACCUCCGGAGGACUACAACUUGGAGGACAACGAGUCUCGCUCAAUAAUUCAACCAGCAUCGUUGCAAAAUCCCAAAGUAAAAGAGCUGCUGCAGGUUCUCAUCGAUUGGAUCAACGACGAGCUGGUUGAGGAACGGAUCAUCGUUACCAACAUUGAAGAGGAUUUGUACGACGGACAAGUGCUUCAAAAGCUUUGGGAGAAACUAUCGAAUAACAAACUAAACGUGCCCGAAGUGACGCAGUCUGCCGAGGGCCAGCGUCAAAAACUGUCUGUGGUGUUGAACGCAGUCAAUCAUACACUUGGUUAUCAUCACAAUACACCAAAAUGGACAGUGGAGAGCAUACAUACAAAAAACAUAGUUUCUAUUUUGCAUUUGCUGGUAGCGCUGGUGCGCCACUAUCGUGCUCCAAUUCGCCUUCCCGACAACGUCUUCGUUACUGUGGUGAUGGUACAGAAGCUCAACGGAAAACUUACCAGCCAGCGCUUUCAGGAGCAAAUUACUCAGUCUUACGAUGAUGUCGGCAUGCGCUGCGAACCGGAUGCAUUUGAUACUCUGUUCGAUCACGCCCCGGAUAAGCUAAAGGUGGUGCAGCGAUCGCUGAUUUCGUUCGUAAACAAACAUUUGAACAAAUUGAACUUUGAAGCGGCCGAUUUGAACACGGACUUCAAAGACGGUGUAUUCUUGUGCCUGCUGAUGGGUCUGCUAGGAGGAUUCUUUGUCCCGCUGCACGAUUUCCACCUGACGCCAAAGGAUGCGGAUCAAAUGACGCACAACGUGGCGUUUGCUUUCGAGUUGAUGAUGGAUCAAGGAUUGAGACCUAAAGCUCGUCCCGAGGACAUCGUAAACAUGGAUCUAAAGUCCACCCUCAGAGUACUAUACACUCUCUUCACAAAGUAUAGAAAUAAUCCCUGAGCACUGCAUUACCGAAACUGGUCGAGGUGCAGCCUCCAUUAGACAGCUAACCAAUGUGCCUUCUGUUGUAUGUGAAGUAAACUUACAUAGAGUAUUAACAUGUAAGUGUUUAUUAUGCCAAAAUAGUUAAAACACGACUAGCCAGCGCCAGCAAAGGCAGUAACGUUUAAUUUCUUUUACUUGCAGAUUAUAACUAAUUGUAUUUAUAUACGUCUUUUUACCCUAACCGGUGCCUAAAGUGCCUAUAAUCGUGUUUGAUUUUUGACAUUUAAACGAGAGAUUUAAUCUGUAACGAUCAAUGUUGCUAAUGUUGUUGGUAAAUUAAAACACU